ACCGUGUCUGAACGCACAACACAUCCAACCUUGAAGCAGAUGGGCUACAGCAGCAAAAGACCACACCGGGGCCACUUCUGUCUGCUAAGAACAGGGAACUAAGGCUACAAUUUCCACUGGGCCAUCAAUAUUGGAUACUGUUGCUUGGUCUGCUGAGUCUCGAUUCAGACGGCAGAGUCAGAAUUCUGCAUAAACAACAUAAAAGCAUGGCCCCCUUAGUACCAAGUGAGCCUGGACUGGGAUUGGAUCAUAAGGAGACGCAUACCUGUUUCGAAGUGCAAGCGAAAAGAGUGGAUCUCAAAAUCCUGCAGAGUUACUCAAUGAAAACCUUUCCCAUCCAUGCAAUCCUUUUUUCCACGAAAGAUGGCAUAAAGAUAUGCGUUGACCCCAAUGAGUCCUGGGCUAAAAGAGCUAUUACUGUCCUGGACAAGCGAGGUCAAAACCAAUCACCGGAUGGGACAGAAAGAGACGGAAGCAAGAAGGAAGUGAAGAAGCCGACAAAGAAACCCAAGAAACCAGCGGGGAAGAAAACUCAAAGAAAACCGAAGAAACAGACUAAGCCAAGCAAAAAAGCGGCACCGGUGAAAUCCAUCAUGACCAUUCUGACCACCAGGACUCCGGCGGUGAAGCCCUGAGCCACCUAAUGCCCAAAUACCACUGAAUAAUAAAAAUAACAUGGCGUCCAAGAUCACAGCUCCUUUAUUCUUAACUGACCUAUGCAGAAAGAGUAGGUUAGAAUAAACUAAAUAUAACGUAAUGUCUACUAAGAUUUACAAGUCACUUGUAGAGUCGUAACAAAGAGUGUCUCCCGCUCUGAAGGACCCUUAUCUCUAUGCAAUACCUAGAUGGUACAUUGAUAUCUAGAAGCCCUGUGUAAUGCUUUUUUUCUCCUGGAGAGGCGCUGCAGGGAAAUCAAACACUUUCCAUUAGCUUUCUCUACAUCUGAUCAUUGGGGUCACACUUGUAUGAUCACUAUAUUGUGAUCAAGCCCAUUACCCGAGGCGGACUGUAGUAUCCUGAUAGCGUUGUCCCUGAUUUUAGCUAGCAGAAACUGCACUGUGUGAAUAAAGCCUUUUGACAAUUUUAGUACUGAAGCAUGUAUAUUUGUUCAAUCUAUAAAGUGCAGACGAACAAUACAGAACUUAAAGGGGUACUCCGGUGGAAAACAUUUUUUUUUUU